CAUCUCCAACAACUGUGUGUUUUAAAACAACAAAACGACACCGUUACUUUCUUCCAGUGACAUCGUCGUCAACCCCUUGAAAUAAUUUCUACAAACUAUAGACGGAGUCCUGGAGUCCAUGCCUGCUGGCUUCUGCGAUCUUACAAGAGGAAUUUGCAAGACAGAAUUUUAGAGAGAUGGGUUCGUAUAAAUUUUAUGUGUUGUUGUUGUGGGUUGUUGUUAUAUUGCCGAUUGUAUCAUCAAAAGAGCAACUGAGCUCAAGAGAAUGCGAGGAUCUGGGUUUUACAGGCCUUGCUCUUUGCUCUGAUUGCAACACUUUCGCUGAGUAUGUCAAGAAUCAAGAGUUGGUGUCUGACUGUUUGAAGUGCUGCACCGAGGAUUCUGAUGACUCCAUGGGCAAGAUUACUUAUUCUGGUGCGUUACUGGAGGUUUGCAUGAGGAAAUUAGUGUUCUAUCCUGAAAUUGUUGGUUUCAUUGAAGAGGAGAAGGACAAGUUUCCUACUGUUAAAGUUCAAUACAUUUUUAAUUCUCCACCAAAGUUGAUCAUGCUGGAUGAUGAUGGUCAACAUAAAGAAACCAUUAGAAUUGACAACUGGAAACGCGAACAUGUGUUGCAGUUCCUCCGUGAGAAGGUUAAGUCAGCUUCAUACUGAGUGGUUUAGUUCUGUUAAUCUCUCCUUUCAGUUCUCUCUAAUUUUAAGUUUUACUCCAAUGUGGGACAAAAAUCAAAUUAAAAAAGAAUGCAGUGAUAAUCAACAAUAGACACAAGUUAUUAUUCCCUCUUAUUUUCCUCUCUGUAUACGAUGGAGUCAUAGGAAUCAAUGGCAGGGACUUCCCUUCAAGGAUAUUUAGAACAAACUUUUUAGGAAUUUAAACUGGCUAUGCUUUUUUGUUCUGAUCAUAAAACUUAUUAGUAUAGUAUUGUUAUUUAAUUUCGAUUAAA